AUGGCGGCAAUCACCAAGCUGGAGCACAAUCCAGCCGACGAAGCCCAGGUUGAAGCGGCUGCCACCGACGUCGCCGCCGCCACUACAUCGACGACCACAAUGUCCAAGAAAAGUCCCUCAUUCUACCUGGCGGUUUUCGGCCUAUGCAUGGUGGCCUUGAUCACCGCCUGGGACGCCACAUCGCUGGCUGUAGCACUCCCUACCAUCACCAGCCAGCUUAACGGAACUACGUUCGAGUCUUUCUGGGCCGGAAUCGCCUUUAUGCUCGGCGUUGCCGUUACGCAGCCCAUCUAUGUCAGCCUUUCUGAUACUCUGGGGCGCAAGCCGCCUCUCCACGUCUCCAUGGCACUCUUUGCUGUCGGUGCCAUCAUCUUUGCUGUUGCCAAAAACAUGGCCACCCUCAUUGCGGGACGCCUCAUCCAGGGCCUCGGCGGAGGAGGCCUCUACGUGCUCCAAGACAUCAUCCUCGCUGAUAUAACAAGCUUGAAGGAGCGUCCAGUGUACUUGGCCAUCGUCGCUUGCGCCAUGGCUUUGGGGACGGUGCUCGGCCCCAUCAUCGGUGGCCUGUUUGCGGAUCACGCCGACUGGAGGUGGAUUGGAUGGAUUAACCUCCCAUUUGCAGGAGUCGGCCUUGUCAUCUUCAUCUUCUUUCUCCGGCUGCGUCCUCUGCCCGCGAGUCUCCAGGAAAAGAUUGGGCGUUUGGACCUGUUGGGGAUGCUCUUGUUUGCCGCCGGUGCCACUGCAGUGGCCUUGCCGCUUAGCUGGGCUGAGGCUUUAUACCCAUGGGCAUCAUGGAGGACGUUUGUGCCAUUCAUCAUCGGACUCCUGGUUCUCCUUGGGUUCAGCUUCUACGAGGGGAGAUUCCCAGCCGUGCCUAUUGUGCCUUUUCGCAUCUUCACCAACAUCACCAGCAUAGCAUCGUUGGUUAGCGGUUUUAUGCAUGGAGCGAUCAUGUACACGACUCUUCAGUAUCUCCCUCUGCUCUUCCAGGCGGUAUAUUUGGAACAGCCUCUACAAGCGGCCAAGUCGACUCUACCAGUGUGUGUCGCCACGGUAGUGUUUAGCUUUGUGGCUCCCAUCAUCAUCGAGGUGACUCGCCGCUACCGGCUCCUUCUGUGGUCUGGCUGGCUUCUCUUGACCCUGUUCAUGGGCCUUCUCUGCCUCAUCGACCAGGAUACACCUCGAGCACAGAUUUACGCAUUCCAGUGCUUGUUAGGUAUGGGCAUCGGCAUUGUCUUUACAGGAGGCCAGGUCCCCAUGCAAGCCAGUGUUGAGCAUGUCGACAACACGGGACUCGCGGUGGGGACGCUCAUCGUGGUCCGCAUUUUCGGUGCGCUCGUUGGCCUCUGCAUUGGAUCGACUGUGUUCAGCUCCGUGUUUGCGAAAUCGAUCGCAGGGCUGGGGACCUUGCCCGAGCCCGUCAAGAUCUUGGAGAACCCUACCCAAGCCAUCGAGUUCAUCCCUGCACUGCGGACGCUGGACUUGGACCAAGAGUUCAUGAGGGAGCUUAUUGAUGCCUACCGCAAGCCUUUUGUGGCAAUACAGAUCGCCAUGACAUGUAUAUCCGGGGUGGGCUUCUUGACCUCUCUCUUGAUCAAGGAGCUCACGCUGGAGAGGGAAGAGGUAGGGAGACAGGGUUUUGAGGAGUCAUCAUAA